UCCAAACUAUGUCUUAUACUUGCAAUUUUCCUGAUAUAUACUCUUGGAUUCAGAAUUUACCACCAAUUUCCAAAUGGAAAACUGACUCUAUUUCAAUUUGUAUUUCCCCUUCAUGUUCAUCUCAACCUUCUCUUAAACUUUCCAUUACCAAAAAUUUCCAAUUUUGCAUUAUUGCAGAUUAUAAUCUUCCUAUUUCCCUAUGGACUUCAAAACCCUUGAAAAUUAAAUCCAAUUCAACAAAAUUAUUAGACGACGAACCCAUAUUUAAUCUCUUGAUUAAUUUCAUUCAAGAUGUUCUUAAAUAUGGUCCUAACAAAAAUUCUUCCUCAUUUCUCAAAAUCCCAAAAAUGGAUUUUAAUUCUUGUUUUAAAGAAAUUUUUAACUUCUCAUUUCUUACUUUGGCUUUCAUAAUUUGUAUUUAUGAAGCUCCUAUUGAUCUUAGGUCUAUAUGUAUUAAUACACUUAAGAAUCAAUUUUCAUGUCCACAAUCUAGACAUGCAUCAAAAUUGCUAGUAAAAAUUUUGGGAUCGAAUCCUGAAGAAGAAUGGAUGAGAUCAGUAAAUUUAGCAAUAACUAAUUGGAUUGUGGAAAUUCAAGAGUCUUUAAAUCAUUCAAUAAAAACACCAUGUAAAUUGUUUUCUUACUCAUUUUCCACAGUUGGACUUUGGAAAGUGCAGUUGUAUUGUCCUGUUAUUGCAAUGGAUAUUGACACAUCUACUAGUAGUUUGUCUGAUGAUAAUUUGAGAUUUUCUCUUAAUUUUCACCAGCUUGAAGGAGUGAUCCAAUUGAAUUAUAGAGUUAUAAUUCGAGAGAAGUGGAUUGAAGUGAUGGUGAACACCGACAACAUUAGGUUUGAUGUUGUUAGGCUGGUAAAUGAAUCACUAAUGGAAGAAAGAGGAGCUGGAAUAUCAGAAAAGCAUUUCCCUUCAAGAAUUUCACUACAACUAACUCCAACACUUCAAACAAAUGUGUUAAGCAUCUCAGUAACCAAAUCAUCUGAUAAUCCACUAAGAGAAAUUGGAAUGGAAAAGUCCAUUGAAGCAGGAUUUGAUCCUCCAAAUCCUUAUAUGGGAUUAAAAGUUUCAGCUUCAGAAACAGUUACUAUGAGUAUGAAACCAUGGAAAUUUGAGCAAUCUGUUAAUGGAAAUGGUGCAAAUUUAAAUUGGUUUUUACAUGAUAGUGGGAAUGGAAAAGAAGUAUUUUCAUCAAAACCAUCUGUUUUUUCAUUAAUACAACCAAAGGCUUGGUUCAAGAAUAGAUAUUCAAGUGCUUAUAGGCCAUUUACUAAACAAGGAGGGGUUAUAUUUGCAAAAGAUGAGUAUGGGGAAAGUGUAAUUUGGAAAGUGGAUAAAAGGGCUAUGGGAAAAUCAAUGGAAUGGGAAUUGAAAGGGAGAGUUUGGUUAACUUAUUGGCCAAAUAAACAUAUCUCUUCUUAUUCUGAGACUAGAAGAUUGGAAUUUCAAGAAGUGCUUCAUCUCAACCUUGGGUAGUUAUAUAUUUUAAUUUGCUGUAAUAAUUAUUAGCAUGUAUUUGUUUGGUGUUGCAUAGGUAUGUUUGCUUUAUUAAUUAUCAAACUGUAUUUUGAUGAAGUUGUAAUUGUUAAGAUUAUAAUUCUUGUAUUAUAUGAAACUGCUUUUUUUUU